AUGCCUUCAAGUGCUCAAGAAGACAGACAAAGAAUCGAGAGUUGGUUGCUAGCUGAAUUCUUCACGGAUGAUAGAACCCUGCAAUUUGCCAACAACCCGGUGAUCUCCGGCGAUGACCUCCGUCCUAUGUUUAAGAACGUGUUUGCCAAUCUUGAUAUGAUGACUCACGGCAUUAAAUACUUCGACUACGUCCCUCCACGAAUCUAUCAAGCAGCCACAGUCCGGUAUUCAUUCAAGGGAGAUGACCCCGAGAAGGAUAUAAUCCAGAUUCCCGGCUUUUCAAGUCUGUCAGUCAAGAAGGACAAUGAUGGAAAACUUCGAUGUUACCAUGCCGAUAUCUUUCUCGAUGUAUCACCUGUUUUCCAGCGGAUAGUGGAAAAGACAGUAUAG